AUGAGACUUCCUCCAGGGGACCACAGACUGGGUGUAGGAGUGGAAGCCUUAUUGGGAAAAAAUUGUUUUAGUAGCCCCGAUUUACAGGCCCAGUGGGAUCCUAUUGUGUUACAACAAUGUCAACAGGUGGGAAUGUUAGCUCUGACUAAAACUAUGGAGCUUGCUUCCCCUCGUCCUAGAUAUACAACAGUGAAACAGGAACCAAGGGAACCUUAUUUAAAGUUUGUUGAACAUAUUGCAGUUUCAUUAGAGAAGCAGGUGGAUGAUGAAGUCCUGCGUCAGGCACUCCUAAAACAGUUAGCAAAAGAUAAUGUGAACAAAAAUUGUCAGAAAAUUAUAGAUGCAUUGCCAGGAAACCCGUCUGUGGCUCAUAUGGUAUCUGCAUGUUCCAAAGUGGGUACUAUGGAUCACCAAAUGACUGCCCUUGCUGCAAUAUUGCGUCCUACACCGCAGUGCUAUAACUGUAAUAGAGAAGGACACCUUAAGGCUAACUGCCCUGAUAAAAGCAACGGGGAAAAGCCAAAGGUCUUACCUAAUCCUCCUACUCUUGGCCUCUGGUGUCCUCUGAUUCAGGUGUUGUGGGGUUGGGGGGAACUACACAGCGUUACAUUGCAGCUCAUUUCAUCCUGAUUUGUAAUCCU